AUGAAGCGAGUGGAUCUGAUCAAGGAGAUCGCGGCAGAGUUUGAGCUGAUCGCGAACCGGCUGUCGGAGACGGAGGUGGCGACAGUGGCGUCGGUGGUGGAGCUGGAGCCGCAGCAUCUGGCAGAGAUUGCGAAGCGCGUGCAGAAGCUGACCGGGGCGAAGAAUGUGAAGCUGAAGACGGUGAUCGACAAGUCGCUGCUCGCCGGAAUCAUUAUCCGAAUUCAAGAAUUAUUGAAGAAUUCAGAGCUCUGUUCAUCAAAGCUAGAAUUUGCCCGAGCAAAGGCGGCGAUCGGUUUCAGCUAUAAAUAUGGCGAAAUUGAGCUACGGAAAUUCUUGUAA